UAGGGACUAGUCAGUAAUGAAUCUAAUGAUGCAUCAACUGACAAAUUAGUUGUUCCUACUUCAAUCACCUUUCAGACUGACACAGUUACAGAAUCAGAUAAUCCAAACAGAAUUACUAAAUAGCUCUCACCAUGGUGAGAAACCCUAGAAAUCACUGAAAGGAUAUCAAUUCUAACUCUUCUAUCUCUAAGAUGUUCUAAUUCAGCAUCCUUUCUUGUGAAAAACCCUAAGAUUGAAACUACAGGCGAAUUAAUUAAAUGGUAGAAAGAAGAAAACCAUUGAUACUUUCUUCAACAAGAUGUCUUGUAGAUUCUGUACUCAACAGUUUAGGAACUAGAGAAAAUGAAGCUAAAUUAAGCUUGAGAUUACCUGCUGGUAUCCUUCGACUGAAUGAUUCAAACUCGCUUAUUACUUCCGAGAAAGAAGAAGAGGAGAAAUUGGGGAUUGCUUCAUUUGAUGAUUCUGCUGUUGUAGGACUUUCUUCAUCUGUUUUGAAAAAACUAUCAAUGACUUCAGGCUCACUGGUGUUUAUCAGUAAUAUUGGGACUAAGGUACAGAGAAUUGCUAGAGUUAUUGUUCUAGAUUCUCCAAAGGCAGUAGUUGGAAGAGAUGAUUCAGACCAUAUACCACAUACAAUGGUUGUUUUUCCCACUUAUAUGUUCUCUUCCAGUAACUCACUUCCCUUAGUUGAAGUCACUUAUAUCUCUCCUCUUUUGGCAUUUAACCUUGAAUUGCAUGUAUCGUGUUUAAAGUGCCUUGUUCAUGGAGGACAAGAGACUUUAACAUCUUUGUUUGAAGAGAAAAAGAAAGAUAAGAAUGAGUCACCAAUAGUAGAUGUAGAUUUGUCACCGUGCUCGUAUUUGCCAAAGUAUGCCUCGCACUUGAGGGCUUCUUUUGUAAAAGUACCGGAAUGUGGCACCAUUGAAACGUUAAAGGGAACUUCGUCUAUUGAAUCUGAGUAUCGUCAACGAAUGAUUGAUUCGGAGUUGCACGAUUACUUCAAAGUCGAUAGAUAUCUUGGUAGAGGUGACAUUUUCCGAAUAAACAUAAAUUGGAAUUGCAAGUCAGAAAUGUGCACUUCGUGCUGUCAAAGGUCCCCUGAGAAUUCCAAGAACAAUAUAAUCUACUUCAAGGUCCUGGCUAUGGAGCCCCAAGAUGAACCAGUUUUGCGAGUCAACCGUGAAAAAACAGCACUCGUGCUUGGAGGGAGUGUGCCAUCUGCUCUGCCCCCUGUUUCACUUAUUGGUGGUCAGAGGGGUUAUGCACCAUUACAUGGGGAUACAGUGAGGAGUUUGGCUUCUAUUCUUACACCAGCUUUAUGCCCUUCAGCCCUUUCUUCAAAAUUCAGAGUUGGUGUACUACUAUGCGGAUUGGCAGGUUGUGGAAAACGGACCGUUGUUAGGUAUGUUGCUCGUUGUCUGGGCCUACAUGUAGUGGAGUAUACCUGUCACGAUCUAAUGGUCUCAGAAAAAAGGGCAUCUGCUGCGCUAGUUCAAGCUUUCAACACUGCUGACAGGUACGCUCCAACAAUACUUCUUCUACGCCAUUUUGAGGUUUUCCAAAACUUAUCCUCUCAUGAGGGUUCAUCUACUGAUCAACUUGGUGCUACAGCUGAAGUUGCUUCUGUUAUUCGGGAAUUUACUGAGCCAGUUCCUGAUGGGGAUUUCGAUCGGGAAGAACGAACAAAUGGUGGUUUUUCUGUAGGGGAUGCUGUAAAGAUAACUGGGCGUCGGGUGCUGCUAGUUGCAAUUGCUGACACCUCUGAAGGUCUACCGACAUCCAUUAGGCGUUGUUUCAGCCAUGAAUUAAAUAUGGGCCCUUUGAGUGAAGAACAGAGAGUUGAAAUGCUGACUCAAUCAUUGCAAAGCGUAUCUAAAGUCGAUAUGGCAGACAUUGUAAAAGAUAUGGUUGGCCAGACGUCUGGUUUCAUGCCCAGGGAUAUAAAGGCUUUAGUUGCUGAUGCGGGUGCAAAUUUAAUACCUAGGCUCACUGAUGAGUCAAUUAAGCAAAGAGAAUCAAAUGACAAAAAAUCAGUUAAGUUUGAUCUGGCACAUGAUAAUGACCCAUCCAAAGAUGCAUCUAAGAAUCUAGGUAGAGAAGACAUAACAAAAGCUUUAGACAGAUCAAAGAAAAGAAACGCAUCAGCCUUGGGUACUCCGAAGGUGCCUAAUGUCAAAUGGGAGGAUGUUGGUGGACUGGAGGAUGUGAAGAACUCAAUACUAGAUACUGUUCAGUUACCUCUCUUGCAUAAGGAUUUAUUUUCAUCUGGUUUGCGCAAGCGUUCAGGUGUGCUUCUCUAUGGUCCUCCUGGGACUGGAAAAACACUGUUAGCGAAAGCUGUUGCGACUGAAUGUUCCUUGAAUUUUCUCAGUGUAAAGGGACCUGAGUUGAUCAAUAUGUACAUAGGGGAAUCGGAGAAAAAUAUUCGGGACAUUUUUCAGAAGGCUAGAUCUGCACGUCCUUGCGUUAUCUUUUUUGACGAACUUGAUUCUCUUGCUCCUGCUCGAGGAGCUUCGGGAGAUUCCGGUGGUGUUAUGGAUAGAGUGGUUUCUCAGAUGCUUGCGGAGAUCGACGGCCUAAAUGACUCCUCUCAGGAUUUAUUUAUUAUAGGGGCAAGCAACAGGCCAGAUCUUAUUGAUCCCGCACUGCUGCGUCCUGGACGAUUUGAUAAGCUUCUAUAUGUCGGAGUAAAUUCAGACGCAUCUUACCGGGAGAAUGUGCUUGCAGCCCUUACUCGGAAGUUCAAACUGCAUGAAAAUGUGGAUUUGUACUUCAUAGCGAAAAAAUGCCCGUCAAGUUUCACUGGUGCCGACAUGUACGCGUUAUGUGCAGAUGCUUGGUUUCAUGCAGCAAAGCGUAAGGUUUCAUGUUUGGAGGAGAAUGAUCAAAGUGACUCGGUUAUUGUUGAAUUGGAUGAUUUUAUCAAGGUUUUAGGAGAGCUGUCUCCUUCCCUGUCAGGAGCUGAGCUGAAGAAGUAUCAGCGUCUACGCGAUCAGUUCGAGGGGGCAAAAAAGUGAAUGGGACUAUUUAAUUGCAUACAUGUCUUCUCUUUUACUCUCAAUGAGACAAGUCGCAUAAGCUGCACUGUUGCUGCUUAAUUCACUGCUUCUGAUUUUCUGAUUUCUAUGUUACAGUAACUCGCAAGAGGAAGUUGUUACGUUAUGUGGAUUUGUUAUUUUUUAUUAGUGGGAAUUAGUGGGAAUGUUAUAAAUAUCCUCCAUUUUUGUUGAUCUUGCACAAAUACCCCGAGGGGUAGAAAAUAAGCAUUUGUAGUUUAAAGGGUUCAAAAGAAGUCUGCAACUGCCAUUUUCUCUGUAAUUCAUUAAAACCAAAAAAUAAAUGACAUUUUCCUAUGUGAAUUUCUCUGAA